CAGGAUAUUUUCAGUAACACAGCGCUAUAAAUAUUUUUCCUUUUUUUUUUAUUUUUUGUUUCUUCACACAUUAUGCAAAUUAGCUUAGUUAAGACGAUUGUGUUGAUAAGUAGCCUGAUUAUCGUGCAAAUCGAUGGCAUUCAAGAUGCCGAUGGCAAGCGUAUUGUCAGCAACUAUGAGCGCAUCAAGCAGCUCUAUCCACAGCUCUCGUCUGGCGAAUCAUCACAAUGGCGUUACGCAGACAAGGAUCAGAAGCAUCCGUGCAAGCGCGAAUGCGUCGAGCAACAGCCCAUGACCUGCUACUACUAUAUGGUGGUGCACUAUGAUGACACGAUGGCCGAUUCAUGCAAGCGCUAUCUCCAAUCCAAGUACCGCUUCAAGCUGAAUGGCAAGGACUAUAUCGAUAGCUUUAAGCUGGCGGAGCUGGAGCACAACGAUGAUUGCAAAUACGCCGACGGCCUCGAAUCCCAGAUCAUGGUGGUCAAUGGCAAGUUGCCGGGCAGUUCCAUUGAAGUGUGCUACGGUGACACCAUCGUGGCGGACGUCAUCAAUAGCAUGCACGAGACGACGACCAUACAUUGGCAUGGCAUCCAUCAGCGCUCCACACCGCACAUGGACGGCGUGCCCCACGUCACUCAGUACCCCAUAGAGGCGGGCCAGGCGUUUCGCUAUCGCUUCGAGGUGGACCAUGGCGGCACCAAUUGGUGGCACAGUCACACCGAACACCAGCGCGCCUUUGGGCUUGCCGGUCCGUUGAUUGUGCGGCUGCCGCCCAAGCUGAAUCCCCAUGCCCAUCUCUAUGACUUCGAUCAGUCCGAGCAUGUGAUCAUGAUACAGGACUGGGUGCAUAACUUCGACGAGAGCGUCGCCGAGAAUAUCCUCAUCAAUGGACGCGGGCGCAACAUGAAGAAGAACAGCAAAGUGAAGCCCACGCUCUAUGCUACGUUUGGAGUUAUUCGUGGCGGUCGCUAUCGAUUCCGUGUCAUUUUCAAUGGCGUAUCCAAUUGCCCAAUUAGCCUGUCCAUCGACAAUCACGAUUUGGUGGUGAUUGCGAGCGAUGGCAACGACAUUGAGCCCGUUGAGGUGCAGAAGAUUAUGUUCCAUGGGGCGGAACGUUUUGAUUUUGUCCUGCACGCCAAUCAGGAAAUAGCGAAUUAUUGGAUACGGGUCAAGGGCUAUACCUUCUGUGCCAUGAACCAGUUGCAUCAGGAGGCGGUGCUGCACUACCAGAAUGCCAAUACACAAGCCCUGGACACCAGCACACUGAGCUAUGCCUACGAUGCGCCGGGCAUCAUGCUCAACGAGCUGGGCGACGAUGCGGGCGGCAAUAGUGCGCAGAGCAUAUCGCUGGUUACCCUAAAUGCGCAGCAUAUGCAGCCACCGCUCAGUCCAGCGCUCACCUAUUACACCAGCAUGAAUGCGUUUGAGCUGCGCGGCGAGGGCUUCCGCUUCCAGAUGGACGACAUCACCUUCACCAUGCCGAAGAUGUCGCUGCUGCAGACGCGCAACCUGGGCAUUGGGCAGUUCUUCUGCAAUAGCUCGCAGCAGGCGGCGCUUGGCUUCAAUUGCAAGAGUCGCCAUUGCAAGUGCUCCAACGUUAUCCAAGUGCCGGCCAACAAGAAUGUGGAGUUUGUCAUUUCGAGCAAAUCAAAUACGGCACAUCCCAUUCAUCUGCAUGGCUACACAUUCCGGGUGGUCGGGAUGGGUGUGCUCGGUGAGCAGCGCAUUGGCCAGAUAGAAGAGAUCGACCGGCGUACACCAUUGCCACGUCGCGGCCGUGGCGCUCCGCUGAAGGAUUCGGUGCAGGUGCCAGCCUUCGGCUAUACCAUCAUCCACUUCAACACAGACAGUCCGGGCUAUUGGAUAUUCCAUUGUCACAUUUCGCCGCACUCGGAGAACGGCAUGGCAGCUGUUUUGCGCGUUGGCGAAGAUGUCGAAAUGAAAAUGUGUCCCGUUAGCAAUUGUGGACUCUGUAGCUCGGUGGCGUAAUA